GAAGCUGCCACGGUUUGAAAGCUGCGAAUGAAGCUACCACGAAGCACCUCCCUUUCUGUACUUUUCCUCUCGAGGCGAGAGGGCAGCGCUGGAAGCCAGGGCGAGCCACUUCCACAGGCAGGUUCGGGGUGCGGGAUCCCCGCUCAGGUUUAUGCUCUGACAGGAAUCCCGCCCGAGCGAGCGAGGGACCCCGAAGCCAGGCUUUCGCUCCCAGGCGCCUUUCCGCGCGCGUCACUGGCCCGGCGGAGGGGGAAGACCCGCUUCCCCCGACACACGGGCACCACGCCUCCCCGUGGCUUCCCGCCCUGGCUCCUCCUCGCUUCCCUCCCGCGAGGCUGCUCCGAGGCGCCGCGUGCACUCGGGGGCUGACACCGGGCGACCCGCAGGGAGCACAAGGUGAGAAGAGCAGCGCCGCCCCAGGCUCCGGGGGCUACGCGCGCCCGCAGGCGAAGGCGCUAAGCCCCGGACGGAGAAAGCGCGCCAAACUUCUUCGGGAGUUUGGGUAGCAAAGAGGGAAACUUCGAGGAGUGCGCUCGUGUGGAUAGUGGACGGUGCUGCAUGCGCGCCGUAUGCCAGCGUGUCUGCUUUCGUGUGUCUGGUGGGGAGGGCGUCGCGCGCGCGCUAUUUAUCCUCCUCGGAUAUCGGGGAAGCUUGAGAAAUUUAUUAUUUUUGCAUUUAUACGUAGCAGCUGUUGCUGGCCCGGUGCGUAUAGAAGCAGGAAUCCUGCGCGGACGCUUACAAGGCCCUCCAGCCCUCCUCUUGCAGCGUGAAUUUGGAAAUUCAGUUGCGGCUUGAGCUUUGGUGGCCAGCUGUGUGACUCAUUUACUGCCCAGCAUUCCUGCAAGAUAUAAAAAACUUUGAGCUUAAAUUGACAGUAUGCAAACAUCAUGUUAAGGGCAGUCACAUGUUAAAGAAGGCCACUCGCUUCCCCUGCCUGAAUUGUGUAUUUCCUCUCUCCCUCCUAUUCUACAUCAAUGCCACAAAAGGACAUAUUAAGCCAUUUGGGGCAGUUUUUUUUGAGGUAUGAAAGCAGGGUCUGAUGUGCAGCUUGCCUAUUCUGUGAGAUGCAGCACGGUAAUAUGUGUGUGCUUUAACUGUAAUCUGCACGCUGCCUCAUACAAGUCUAAAAUACAGAGAAAACACACACAUGCAUUUUGUAUGUAUUAAUUCACAUGUGAAGGGACCAUGUCCUACGUAAAUGUGCUGUGCAAGGUAUUUUCUGUAUGCAUCUGCAUUCCUUGCGGAGAAGAUUGUGUAUUGGUCUCCUUCCCAAACAAUGGCAGCUCAGGACAUAGGGCCAGAAAUAACAUGGUUGGCUUAAUGUAUUUAGUAGAAUAAAAUCAUAUGAGGCCUUCCUCUGAUUGACAUAUGCCAUGAGUGUGUGAGAAAACAAAAAACAGUGGAAGCAACGCUUGGGAAAAGCUGAAUAGAUUGUAUCAGAUUCCUGCCUCAGUUUACAGCUUUAGUUGGCUACCUUUGUUCAAGAAGAGUUCCUAGAGACAAAGAACCGGUUUUAACAUGGCUUCUGGUCUUAAGUAAUAACUGCCUCUGAAGUUAAUUACUUUAAAGGGAUGUUUUAAAAAAACAACAACCUUGAUGCUCAUAUAGAAAAGGCAAGCCAGCUAGUAAGUUGCCUGCAGGAAUCUAGAAUUACCGUAUUUUUCGCUCUAUUGGACGCAGUUUUUCCUCUCCAAAAAUUGAGAGGAAACGUGUGUGCGUCCUAUAGAGCGAAUGCAGGCUUGUGCCAUAGCAGCGCGCAACCCCUCCGGCAGGGAGAGGCUGCACGGGGCUAUGGCUUCUUUAGCCCUGCGCAGCGUCUCCCGGCAAGGAGAGGCUGCACGGGGCUAAAGGGGAAGCCAAAACAGCGAGCGGGAUGGAUCCCGCUCGCUGCCUUGCCUGCUUCCAUAGCUGCGCGCAACCCCUCCGGCAAGGAGAGGCUGCACGGGGCUAUGGCUUCUUUAGCCCCACGCAGCCUCUCCCGGCAAAGAGAGGCUGCAUGGGGCUAAAGGGGAAGGCAAAACAGCGAGCGGGAUCCAUCCCGCUCGCUGCCUUGCCUUCUUCCAUAGCUGCGCGCAACCCCUCCGCAAGGAGAGGCUGCACGGGGCUAUGGCUUCUGUAGCCCCACGCAGCCGCUCCCUGCAAGGAGAGGCUGCACGGGGCUAAAGGGGAAGCCAAAACAGCGAGCGGGAUCCAUCCCGCUCGCUGCCUUGCCUUCUUCCAUAGCUGCGCGCAACCCCUCCGCAAGGAGAGGCUGCAUGGGGCUAUGGCUUCUUUAGCCCCACGCAGCCUCUCCCUGCAAGGAGAGGCUGCACGGGGCUAAAGGGGAAGGCAAAACAGCGAGCGGGAUCCAUCCCGCUCGCUGCCUUGCCUUCUUCCAUAGCUGCGCGCAACCCCUCUGGCAGGGAGAGGUUGUGUGCAGCCUGUACGCUGCUCUUUGGGGCUGGGGGGAAAAAUAUUUUUUUCCUUGAUUUCCCCCCCUAAAAACUGGGUGCGCCCUAUGGUCCGGUGCGCCCUAUGGUGCGAAAAAUACGGUAACUUCUAUGGGCUUUAUGGGUGGGAAAAAAAAAAAGGAAUCUGAAGGCACUCAAAUCCAGUGGCGUAGCGUGGGGGGUGCAGGGGGGGCCGGCCGCACCGGGCGCAACUUCUGGGGGUUAGGGUUAGGGGGCGCAAAUCCACGGGUUAGGGGGCGCAAAUUACUUGCCUUGCCCCGGGUGCUGACAACCCACGCUACGCCACUGCUCAAAUCAACUACGAUUUUGCCAUUAGCUUAAGUUCAAAGUAGAGCUUGAAAUUUGCUUUAAAUAUUUAUAUGUUGCCUAUCAACCGUAGCUUUUGAGGUGGCUUGCUACUGUUUCUUUUAAAAUCAAUAACAGUAUACAAAAACCAGUUCUAAAUCAUCCAAUACAAUAGUCAUCAGCAGAUUAAAAAGAAGAGGAAACUUCAUUUUAAAAAACACAAUUAAAGCCCUAGGUAUAUUUUUAUUGUUAAAGCCCUAGGUAUAUUGUUUUUUUUAAAAAAAAAACAAAAACCUGGUGCCUGAAUAGAGUCCAAGUAGAUUUUACAAAGAUGGAUUUCCACAGAUGAGGUGCCAUCAUAGAAAAGGUGCCUCUCUCCGUUAGCUACCCAGUUGGAAGCACCCAGAACCCAAUGAGGUCCUUAAUGGUUGGACAGCCUCAAAGUAGGGUAGGCAGUCCUUAAAGAUACUCAGCCCAUUUAUGGCUCAGGGUGGAUCACAGCAUAAAAGUACAAAAUAGAACACCAAAUACAUAAUAAGAACAAGAGCGGGAGUUCUGUUUUGCACUAUAUAUAAAUUAGGCCUUUAGCGUUGUGGCAUCUACUCUUUGGGAUUCCCUCCCAUUAAAUAUUAGACAGGCGCCAUCUAAGUUGUUUUUUCAGCAUGUAGUGAAGACCUUCUUCCAACAAGCUUUUAAAAUACAGCCGUACCUUGGUUCUCUAACAGAAUGUGCUCUGGGAGUCUGUUCGACUCCUGAAACCGUUUGAAAACCAAAGCACAGCCCUGCAGCCAAUCGGAAGCCACGCCGGGCGUUUGGCGUCUGAAAAUCGUUCAAAAACCAGAACACUUCUGGGAUUUGAUCGUUCAGGAGCUGAUUUGUUCAGGAGUCAAGGCGUUUGAGAUCUGAGGUAUGACUGUAGAAGCUUCUUUCACAGUUUGUAACUAUUGCAGAUGUUUUUUUUUUAAAAAAUAUUAUUUGUGUUUGCCACCCUGGGCUCCUUUGGGAGUAAAUAACAUUAAAAAAGCAAUAACAUUACCAAGAUUGUAACACAUCAACCCACAUAUAAAUAAUUCAUUUUCUUAGAAAUCAUAAUCAUCAGUUUGAUUAUGUGGGUGUUGGCUGUAUCAUGGAAAGAGGCAACAGUGAGAUCCCAUCCCAUCCAUGUUUGUCAACAAACUCCAGUGAAAGAAGCCUGACAAGCAUAGGCAGGUAAAUGUUUCCUAAGAUAAGAUUUCUAGAAAUACCUGUUGUGCCUCUUGAUUUAUUUAUUUAAUAAUAAUAAUAAUAAAAAGACCAAGAUGAAUGAGAAAGGGAGAUUGGGUAAUAAUGUGUGAGAGAGUUGAGUUAACGAUAUGUGGGAAUCUGAUAAAAGACUGUGAGUGUGCACUUUGUUUUUCAGGGCUUCCAGAAAAAAGGGAAUUACAGGGAAUUAACUUAACCUUGACAUGCCACUUCCAGCAGACACAAGCCAAGCCUAUACCCCUCCAGAUGGAGGAUGGGGAUGGGCAGUGGUCUUUGGAGCAUUCAUAUCCAUUGGAUUUUCAUAUGCUUUCCCCAAAGGCAUAGCAAUCUUCUUCAAAGAAAUCCAAGAUUUCUUUGGCACAUCAUACAGUGAGAUUGCAUGGGUGUCCUCAAUUAUGUUGGCUGCUACCUACGGUGGAGGUGAGUAAAACCAGAACAAAAUGCUUUGAUUUGACUUGGGAAUGGAAGGUUGAUCAACUCCACAUUAACUUGAGAACAAGGGGCUGUUGGAAUUACUUCGGGGGGGGGGAAAUGCUCGUAAUUGGUGUGUGAAUUUACUAGUACUCAUGAUUAAUCUGUGUUGCUCUUCACAUUGGGACAUAUUUUGAGAAACAUAGAAAACAACCACAUAAUCAUAGUCAGAUUAUUCAGAGCUGUCCUUAAAUAAUCAGAUGGGAUUCUGUGUUGGUAGGGGUGAUAAGUUUUCGAACUUUACUGAAGGCCGUGCAGUAAUAAAAAACGGGGAAAUUAAGUUGUUGAGCAAUAUAACACAAUAGGUACUGAAGAGCAGUUUCAUAUAAAUGCAAGAGGAGGAAUUGUUUGCAAGGCACUACUGAGGUCAAAUGUGCUUUGUAUUAAUUAUUUCAUUUUAUUUUUAAAUACGUACCAAUUUUCACUGCAGCAAUAACAAAGUGAUUCACAAUAUGAAACAACGCAGAAAUUCAGUGAAGUUAAAAUUGUCUGUUAAAAAAGUUUUAAAAAAUCAGAAGAGCAAUUAUUAUCAUUAUAUAUAUGUUUAUUUAUACCUCGCCUUUUUCCCUGACGGGAACUCAUGGUGGCUAACAGAUAAAAAAGAACACAGCUAAAAACACAGACAAAUCAAUAAUUUUAAAACAAGUAAACAUUGAUAGAAUUGAAACUAUCUACGUAUAUAAAAUCUGUUUAAAACAUACAAAUAAUUACAAUAAAAACAGCAUGGCAUCACCCCUUUAACUAAAAGCAGCCAAUCUCCCUGCUGGAACAAGACAGUCUUCACUUGCUGGUGGAUGGAGAACAAGGAGGGAGCCAGUCUGGCUUCUCUAGGGAGGGUGUUGCAAAGUCCAAAGGCCCUUUCUGACACCCCCACCAAGCUUGACUGUGAGGGUGGUGGGACCAAGAGAAGGGCGUCCCCUGAAGACCUCAAAACCCAGGCAGGUUCAAAUAAGAGAGUACAGUUUUUUAGAUAGCAUGGACCUUAGCUGUGUAGGGCUUUAUAGGUCAAAGUUCCAGGCACUUUGAAUUGUGCCUGGAAACAGACCAGUAGCCUGUUCUAAUGAUGGAGUCAUGUGCUCCCUAUAACCAGUCCUGCCCAGCAAUCUGGCUGCUGCUCUUUGAGCCAGCUGAAGUUUCUGAACGCUUUUCAAAGUGUAGAGCCCGUUACAUUAAUCAAAAGGGCGAUAGAACGAAUGCGCGUGUCACUGUGGCCAAAUCUGAUAUCUCCAAGAACGUAGCUAGCACACUUUAACUGUGCAAAUGCACUCCUGGCCAUUGCAGAGACCUGGUCAUCCAUCCAUGCUCAGGGCUGAGUUCAGGAGCAUGCCCAAACUGCACACCUGUGUAUACAGGGGGAGUGUUACCCCAUCCAGCCCAGGCUGAAUCCCCAUUCUUUGUUCUGAGCAAUAAGCAAGGAUGUCUGGGACUGGUACCUAACUGAGUUCCUUUUCAAUAGUGCUCUCAAAAGAAUCACUGUAUUUUGGGCAUAGAUUUUGCUGUUGUGCAAAACUGCAAAAUUCUCAGUUUGCAAUGUAAAUAAUUAGUUGAUGUCAUUGAUAUGUGUCAAGGGCCAGGGUGUGGUCUCAUAGGACAGUGUACCCAAGUUACAUUUCAGCCUCUGUUCUUCAUCGGAAAAAUGGGACUGAUACUAUGCCACUUCAUAGAAACACAGUGAGAAGGCUUUGUAAAAAACAUUUUGUACCACUAAAAUCUUACACGAAUUAACUACAGUGUCAUCUUGCCUACCUUUGAAAAUAUUGAAAUGGUUAGGUAUUAUUUGCAAAAGUAUUAUUUUCAGCUACUAAAGCUCUCAAUUUAUUUCAAGAAUCACGAUACCUGCAGCCAUUUUCUCUGUUGCGCAAGGUGUUUUUCAGCAUGUUUAGAAAAAUACAGAUUUCAGAUUUUACUUUUCUUCUUUAGGCUUUUGGAAAACCUAAAGAAAAUGGGAUUGUUCAUUUGCCAUGUGGCUCUUACCACAAAAUGAUAUUACCUUGGAGCGCAGGGUGUGUUUAUGAUUGUAUUUAAUUGCUUGCACCAGCAAGAAUGAGUUUUCUCCAAAUCCCUGUGUUAUGUUUUUCUGUAGCGUUGCGUGUGCUGGUAUGUCAUUGCAAGACUGUGUCUACAAAGCUCAUUUCAUCUUGUUCAAAGUGUGUUUUCUUCAGGGUUGCAACAAAUUCAGUUCACUUUCUUCUGACUUUUCCCCUUUUAACAUUUUUAUUGCAACAUUCAUUAUUUCUGCCACCCUUUCGGGCCUCUUAAAGGUGCUAUCUAGUAUCCAACAAUAAACUGCAAGAUAAACAGAAAUUGUUAUAGUUCUGUUUAAGGACAAUAUGAUAUGAAGCCCAGGGAACCUAAAAACAGCUGGUUUAAGCGUUAUUUUUUUUAAUAUAGAUUUAAGAGACCUUGGUAAUGCAACAGGGCACUGUGGAGUUAAUGUUUGAUUAAAGAGAUUGUUCCAAUUCUAUGCAGCAAUCUGUGCUGAAGCCAGAAAUCCAGGAUGAUGCAGUUAUAUCCACAGAGGGUUAUUGCGUGUGUAGAACAUAUAAAGUGGGGAUGAAUUAUUUGUGUUUCCUCUUACCCUGGAUACAUUGACCCUGAACCCGUGACCAGAAUCUGCACUUGAAAAUAGGCUUCCCUGUGCAGAUAUGCUGCUGUAGCAAGAGUGCAAAGAGCAGCUGGGCCAGGGGCACCAACAUUUCUAUGUGUGUGACUCUCUUUGUCAGUCCUUCCCCCGCCCACAAUCCUGCCCCUGUUGUCUAGGUCUGAUCACAUUUUAAGCAGGAAAGGGCAGGGCAGGCAGAGGGAAUCAGUGAGUGCACUGGUAGAGGCUUCUUGGUGUGUGCAAAAGUUUCCUGAAUUUGAUUGAUGAUGUUGAAUAGAGUAGCUGGAGUCACAACUCGCUUCUUCCAGAGCAUCACGCUGCUUCUUAUUCUUCUUUGGUGAUCACUUGUAACCGAGUAAGAUUGUCUUCCAUAAACACAGUUUUAACAAUGAGCCCGUAAGUGACUAUGGAGGCUAUUUCUGGAUCUUCAUGUCCUUCCACAGUGGGGACAUUGGUUUCUGGGCGGGAGUUUAUCACGGUGUGGAUUUGCCAAGCGUCUUAGCACCUUUCUCCCUUGCAUCCUGAGUUUGAGUGUCUUCACCAGUGUGGUGUAGUGGUUAAGAGCGGUAGACUUGUAAUCUGGGGAACCGGGUUCGCGUCUCUGCUCCUCCACAUGCAGCUGCUGGGUGACCUUGGGCUAGUCACACUUCUUUGAAGUCUCUCAGUCCCUCACCUCACAGAGUGUUUGUUGUGGGGGAGGAAGGGAAAGGAGAUUGUUAGCCACUUUGAAACUCCUUAGGGUAGUGAUAAAGCGGGAUAUCAAAUCCAAACUCUUCUUCUUCUUCUUCUUCUUCUUCUUCUUCUUCUUCUUCGUCCAUGACACCUUUGGUAAAGCACUCGUAAGCCAGUGUUUCCCAGUUGUCAGUGUUUAUGCUAGUGUGCUAUGGAAUCAAGAUCAUGAGGGCCCUUCCUUACAUCUCUUUAGGCUCCAGUCCAAAACAUUCUUCUUAUGCCAGGCCGUUGGAUAAUUAAAUAAUCCAUGGUCUUUUAAACUUAAGUAUGCGCAGGAUAUUGUUUUUGUUUGUUACUGUUACGUAUUUUUGAGUUUUUAUAUUGUAAACAGCCCUGUGAUCCUUGGAUGAAAGGUGGUAUAGAAAUCAAACAAAUAAGCAAAUAAUCCAUGAGACUUGGACUGUUCAGAAAAAACAGAGAGAGGUCUGCACUGCUGCAAUGCUAAAUUAGCAUAAACUCUGUAGUGCAAGAAGCAGCGUCACAAAGUAAGGAGAAUCCAACAUUUUGCACAACAUUUAAUCAGUGACUUCCCCCCAAAAUGACCACGAGGAAGCUUUUUCAAAGACCAGUUGUCAUGUGGGGGAGGUUUUUGAUGGGGUGGUAGCUGUGAUCCCAACAGAAAUUGCCCUGCCUCUGCAUGACAAUUAGGAUUAGGGGACAAAAGCUGUUGCUGACAUUUUCUAAGCUUGUUUGCCAUUUGGGGCCAAUGAGGUGAAACACCUGGGGAGGGGACAAGAAAAAGAGGGAGACAGGGGAGAGAGCGCACAAAGAAAGAAAGAAGCAGGAAGAUUGUCAUUACCCCACACUCUGUUCAUUUGUUUUUCUCUAAGAGAAAAAAUGAACAGAUGAUGAAUGGGUAAUAGGAGCGUCCUAUGUUCCCAUACCCUUUUACUGAAACAACUCGGCCCAUUCUCCUUUACUUUGGGAUGCACUUCUGAAUGCUCAGCCCAUUGAAAGUAAUGUAAUGUGGAGCAAUGGUGUCUCCAUUCAGGAUACAUUUCCUGAAGCAGUGACAGCAAAGCAGUGAAGCAAUGUCUGCAAGUAGGCAUACGGCCAUUGUUGAGAUGCCUGAAAUGACAACCUUCACAACAAAAAUUCAACAUAGCACUUCACUGUAGAGAAAGAGCUUUCACAAAUGCUAGAAGAAGAAGAGGAGGAGGAAUUUGGAUUUGAUAUCCUGCUUUAUCACUACCCGAAGGAGUCUCAAAGUGGCUAACAUUCUCCUUUCCCUUUAUCCCCCACAACAAACACUCUGUGAGGUGAGUGAGGCUGAGAGACUUCAGAGAAGUGUGACUAGCCCAAGGUCACCCAGCAGCUGCAUGUGGAGGAGCGGAGACGCGAACCCGGUUCACCGGAUUACAAGACUACCGCUCUUAACCACUACACCACACUGCCUCUCUUAUAGCAACACUGUAUCUCGGGCGGUGUGGGCAGUUCCCCUCUACAGGGUUCUGAGCCGAGUGGCCCAAAAUUGAGAAGAUCAAUGUGGGGGCACCAAAUUUUGGCAUUGCACAAUGUGCCUUAUUAUGAAAUAUUACAGAAGUCUGCCCCUACUUACAGCGUGAAAAUACAAGCAUAUUGUAUAUUGAAGCUACUGAGUAGUAACCAGUCACAGUGCAGGGGUUUCAAGGCCUAAUGCACUAAUCUAGGUAUGAUAACCAAAUACAGGCCCCAAAACAACCAAGAGUCUAAUGACUAUUUUUGAAAAUUAAACAUUUGAUUCGAUACUUCAUUCAGAGCAAAUGGAGAAUUGCUGUUUGCCUCUCCUUGGUUCCCUGAAAUAUACAUGAAAUGUUCAACAGUUUCUGCCUGACUUCCAGCUUUUGGCCAUGUGUCCCCCUCCCCAACAUCAUAUAAUGUGGCAUUAUAUAGCUACCUGCAAACAAAUGAAUAUGCACAGCUAUGGUAUAUUUUCUCAGCAAGGCUCCUCAUUUUUUUUUAAAAAAAGAAUUUGUAUGCAUCGCUGUAAGAUAAUACAGGAGAAAAACAACUAUGGUGAAUAAGUGCCAUAACACGAGUGAUGCAAUUUUGCGCUGAUUUAUGCCAGCUGAUGCCGGUUUGUCUUUGAGUGCUGUGCUGGGUGGAGGGGAAACUGAUGUUCGGUCUGAUAAUAAUAGCUUUCAUUUGCAGAUAGCAUAGAUGUGCUUGCCUUCAUUUCUUCCUCAUGAUCCUCAUUACAGAGGCACUCUGCCGUUGGACGUCACUGUUUGCAUGGCGUGCUAUCUGCUCCUCCUUUGUUUUGCGAACAAGGCAGAACAAAUCUAUUUGCCUGAAGCUAUUUUCAAAAGCAGCAUUUGAAGUGAUGUGCAAAUCAUAUGGGGACCUGAUGUUAACCCUUGCCAGCUUUGUUGAGGAUAUAUAGUCCUAAGCCAUGGCUACAUUUGAUGAAAGCUGAGAAAUUUGUAUCCGCUGGCUCCCACUUUGCAAGCUGGAGUUUGCAAUGUUAACAUCUUCAUUGGGCUCACCUGUAAGAUCAGGGAGGAAUUUAAGGGCACUGGAGCUUAAAAAAAAAAGCAUUGUGUUCUGUACGCUGCCUGGGAUCUUCACUCUGAUGAAAAGCCAUUUUGAAGUCUGUUGGGACUCCACACAAUGGUUGUGAUGCUGUGUGGGGAACUGGAGAGGAGUCGGCAACUUCCCCAGGUGCAAGCAGCAGUGCUUUCCAUUCGCACGUGGGGCACUUUAUAUCGAAGCCAUUCACUAGUGUAAUUAACAUUGUUAAACAAUAUCAAGUCUUGUGUUGAACCUCUGAAAGUUUCAGAAAGUUCUCAGAUUCAUUUAACUUUCAUCACAUGAACAAUUCUAUUGAAAUCAUGGGACUAAUCACAAGUUGAGCAUUAAAAACAAACAAGCAACUUUUUCAGGGAAAGUGUCUGUUCACCACUGUUCCCACUCUAGGGGUUUUUCUUCAGCUUGUCUUUUCCUCCUUUUAAAUGCUAUGUUCCUAGCCUUCAAUGGUCUCAGAGAACAAUUUGCAAACAUGCGACAUUGUUGGCUAAACCGGUGGCAUGUUAAAGGGGACCAGAGUUACCUUCUAACCGUCAGAAAGUGAAAUUUACUGAACUAGUGGUUUUCAGUUUCUUUUCAUACCGAUCUAUCCCAGUUCAUGGGGUCUGAACUGGCAGGGACUGAUGAGCAACAAGACCUUGGGGUCAUAGUGGAUGGUUUGAUGACGAAGAUGUUGACCCAGCAUGUGGCAGAUCCUGUACUAGGGAUUGUUAGGAAAGCAAUUGAAAAAAAAAAAUAUCAAUAUCAUAAUUUUUAGAACUCUGUGGUGCAACCACAUUUGGAAUAGCGUCUCCCGUCUGGGUGAUUUCACCUCAAAAAGGAGAUGGUGGCGUUGGGAAAAGUUCAGAAAAGAGUGAGCAGAAUGAUCAAGGGAAUGGGGCAAUUCCCCUAUGAGGAAGUUUGGGACUUUGUAGUGUAGUUAAAAGGUAAAAGGUGGCAUGAUAGAAGUUUAAAAAAUUAUGAAUGGUGUAGAGAAAGUGUAUAGAGAAAAGUUUUUCUCUGUAUCACAUAACACUAGAAUUCGUGGACAUCCAAUGAAGCUAAAUGUUGAAAGGCUCAAGAAACAUACAAAAACACUUCUUCACGCUGUGCAUAAGCUACAGAAUUUGCUCCCACAGGAUGACUAUGAACUUGAUGGAUCUAGAAGAGCAUUGGAGACAUUCAUGGAGGAUAAAGCUAUCAGUGCCUAUUGAUGGCUAUACAUUGCCUCCAUUGUUGUAGUCAGUAACCUUCUGAAUACUAAUUUCUGGAAACCAUAGAGAGGUAGAGUGCUCUUGUGCUUGGCUCCUGCAUGUGAGAACAGGAUGCUGGACUAGAUGGGCCUCUGGCCUGAUCCAGCAGGCUCUCCUUAAGUCUGUAUCAAAUCUCUAUGGUAAAAAAAGAAUUCUUCUUCCAGAUUCACAAAGAUUCUCCUGCAGGCUUAAUAAAGCUCAGUCACAGGGCUGCCGUGUUUCUUGUAACAUGUACUUCUGCCCUAACAAAGGAACGUCUUUGCGAACAAUGUUCUGUAAGGGAAAAACAACUAGCUUCUGCAAUCCUGUACAUACUUACCAGCUGCAAUCCUGCACAUACUUACCUGGACCAGAUGAACCUUAUGGUCCCUUCCAACUUUACAAUUCUAUGAUUGUAUGAACUAAAUCAGGUUUACUUUUGAGCAGACAUUUUCAGGAUUGCACUGUCCACCAAGCAAACUUAAUUUUGGAGUUUUCAGUCUCAAGCAAGGAACAUAUUCUCAGACAUUGGGCUGUAGGUCACUCUGCUCCACCUAGGAAGCUGGAAGCUGACAGGUGACCUUGAGCAUUUUCAUCCAAAACUUCAUAGCUAUGCUUUAUUAUUCAGCUGCUACUAUAAAUUACAGUGGCAGGUACAGAAAGCCCAUUCUAACUGGGGCAUAAAUAAAGCAUUAAAAUAAUGCACCUCAUUCUUUAGCCCAUUGAAAGAUGUGUCUGAGGAUUCAGCUUAGCAUUCAGAGAUCUGCUUCAAGUUCCACUGACAUUAAAGGUAAAACAGUGAAUAUUUGCAGAUCAAAAUAACACAUUUGUUUUAUUUAAUGCAUAUUUGGAAUUUUGCUAUUCCAGGUAUACAUUUCUGCUGCCUGUACUAAAAAAAAAUUAUAUGGGCAUUCCUAAUUCCCUUAUAAUUGAUAUGUACAUUUAUUCGUAUUUGAAAGCUGAAAACAUUUUUUUAAAACACACAGACAAACACACAUUAAGUACACAAUUCAAUCCCAAGUCAAGUACUUGAACAGUCUAGGGAUUUUAACAGGAAAUUCUGUAAGCAAAAGUUGGAUUGCAUCCUUAAUUUUAAAAGACAAACGUUUAAACAUAAUAAUUUUUUUCCCUUUAUUAUAAUACUGCAUUUCCUUUGCUUUUGUAUGCAAAUCCAAGUUUUGGUUUGCAACAGUAGUGUCUGCAAUCUUUUUUUAAAAAAUUAAGUCACACAGAUUUAGGUAAGUUUCUUACCUAACACAGUUAUGAUUAACAAUAACAAUAGCACUAUCAAUUCAGGUGAAAUGUUCCUGUGUUUUGACGCUGCACUACAAACCACAAUUUUGCCUUUCACUGUGGCUAUCGAGGUCGCUGGACAGGAAUAUAACAGAGCUGUGAUAGACUUAAAAUAUAAUAUGAACAAGCAGUGGAGAGGAAGGUUAACUCUUUGCAACCAGGCAGGGCCGUAGCUAGGGGGUGUUUUCCACUCUCUUUAAGAAGCCCAGUGGGAAAAGCUCCAAAUUGUAUCUGCUGAGGAGCAUAGCAAAAAACAGGAACUGACCCAAGCAAGUGGAGUCUGACUCUGUUUGUGUACUUUUUUCCUUCUUCCCACAGUUCUGCACCUUCUUCCUCUAAAGCCUUCCUUCCUCUCUGGCUUCUUGCUCCCCACACCUGAGCCGCUCACAGACCAGAUCAAACAACUGUCUUCUAAGUAGGGUUGGCACUAGGGAUGGUGUUCACUGUUGUGUCUCUGCUUUUUUAGUGCUUGUGGUUCUCAUCAUGCUAGUUUGCUUUGUGCUAAUACUUGGUCUGCUUUAGUAGUAUGGGCUUGGCCCAUAGCAGGUAUAUAGACCAUGAACUUGACUGCUUUUGAGCUUUAGCCUGUUGAGGUCUAGCACAAAAAUAUUGUGACUGAUUUUGACUCCACUGGAAAUCAUCUGGCCCCAGGACACACAACAUAGGAGAAUGGUGUGUUUUUAAAACUUCUUUUUAUAUUGUAUAUUCUGUAUUCUGUAGUAAGAUACGCAGCUGUUUAUUUUGCCUCCACAAAUAAAUAGCAUUUGAUAUUCUACAUUAUUAUUUAAACCCCGCCUCCAGUCCCCUGCACCUGAACCAGCCCACCUCCCCAUGGGAUCUUUUCGUUGCCUUCAGGCAGUGAGUUAAGCAGAGCUUCUGAGGUUAAGCUCGGAGAAUGAGAACAGUGGUGACAAUUUUGGAGUUAAGAAUUUAUUGAAGAUUGCUCAUGUGCUCUUGCAUUUGAAGCAGGAGAUCAGUUUGUGCACAAAUGUGCAAGCUCCAUCAGAGCUUGCACUUCUCACUAUUAAUUAACUUUAUCCCUAGUCAGUGCUGCCACUAAUUUUUACCUAGCAUGCUGUUACUGGAUUCAGCGGAGACCCUGAUUUCUUUAAGGCAAGACACAUCUGUUCAGUUAAGGAUGGAGACUGACAGAAACAAUCUGGAGGCAUGGCCAUAGCCAGGAUUUUUUUUAGGGGGCAGAACCUCAGAUUUGUAUUGAUAUGUGUUGAUUUUUAGGGGGGGCAGCUGCCCCCUGCCUCCCCCUUGGCUGCACUCAUGUCUGGUUUUAACAUCAUGGGCACUAUUUAAAACAAGUGGUGUAAAAAUGCAGGAACCUGAGUGAUCUCAUAGAAGUGCUAUAAUGAGAUUGCACCUUCCAGACCUUAUACUAGUUGUACAAGCCAUUCAUGCCUGUGUUUUAUCAUUCUAUGAUGUUUUUAUUGUAUUUCUGGUGUACGCUGCCACAAUAUUUUCAUUAUGAGUUGGUGGUUUAUAAACGCCCUUAUAAACAAAUGUUAGCGGGAGUGUAUACUCAAGAGAAGAACUCAAGUCCAAUUUUUGGCAGUUUAAAGGGCCCAGUUAGCAAGUGGUGGUUAGCAGACAGCAGGCUGCUUGACAUUUUGGAGAGCUGCCGUCAGCUAGGCAGACAAUUAGUCUGACAUGAUCUAAGGCCGCUUCAUAUGUUCCAGAACAAAUUCUGGACAUUGAAAGACGAGCUCAUAUUUUCCAGUUGAUAACAAGGUUGUUCAUCUGCUUCAAUUCCCACCCCUUCCUCUAUAUUAAAGGGGGGGAAUGGCAGGCUGGAGUUGGCAUUAUAGUAAGUAAAAGAACCUUUAGUCAUCUCAGUCACCCAUCCAGAGAAAUUUGCACCCCAAACUAGUUGCUAAACUCAAAACAUGGAACAUUUCCUUUCACAUUUUUGGGAGAACCUCCCCCCCCGCCAGAGCUUUUAUUUCUGGCACAGUUAUUAGCAAACUCCAUGUCAGUGACAAAGAAAUGGCAGUAUCUCAUUAGCUUGUCAAUGCUGGUGCUAUUCAUUCAUUUGAAAAUACACCAAAAAUAAUUGUAGUGACUUACUGCAAAAGGUGUGCAGAUGAUCUGCGGACUGCCUUGACUACAGAAUCAUGGGUUUUGCAUAACACACAAUGCACUGGGCGAUGCCCUACUUCUUAGCCUCUGCUCAUUAUCUGUUAGAUGGGAAUAAUAGUCACCUACCUUAGCGAUUCUUUACAAAACCUACUAUUCUGAAUCAGCAACGUUUGUCAAUAGAAACAAGCCUUUCCAACCACUCAUGAGUUGUUCAUAGGUCAGUUGCCUUUGCAGGCAAAUCUGCACUCUUUCUGCCUCUUGUCUACCAGAAAUGAUGCACUGGUAUUAUUUACAUAAUCACUCAUGCUGGGGUCCAGCAGAGUUGAGCCAAGAGCAUUUUGAAGGGCUCUUGAAAAGGAUUCUCUUUCUAUUAAGACGAUAACUCACCCUUCAAUGUGUAAACAAAUGAGAGGUCACGUCGAAUUAAGAGGUUGCUACUCCCGUAUGUCUGAUCCUGCAAAGAAGCCUUAACCAGACUCUUCCAACGAUGAAUAAAGGAGUAUUGCACCAAAAAAAGCACUUUGCUAGGUUCCAAUGCUAAAUGAAUGUCCAUUAAUGAUGCAGCGGGUGAAGCAGGAAGGCUACAGCUGCAAUUCCCCAAUCGGUAAACAGGGUUAUACUGUUUUAAGUCCAGGCUCUUCAUGCUCACUUGUUUGCAGAAUACAGCUGUAAACCUUUCUCAGUAGGUCAAAUCAGCACUAAUUCCACUGAGUUGUAGCUUGCAUCCAUAGUAGGGCUCUUUUAGUACAGAGGCAUUUCUUUCCCACCAUGAAGUGAAACAGAGGGAAAUGCCCAUCAGCAGGGACAAAAUAAUCUAUCAUAUCUGUACAUAGUUAUCUAUAUAAAAAUCAUCCUAUAAAUCAUCCUUAAAAAAAUCCUUUAAUAAUCUAGCAACGAUCCACAACCAGGAUCCUUCUUCAGCACCUACUCAGCAGUGAAUCUCAUUUGACAAUGACCCCUCACAAUGUAUUCUUAGUGAUUUCUGGCAAUAUUAACUCAGUUUUCAUCAUGGCUGAUGCAUUACUGACAAAUUGAUCUCACCAUUGCCCCUUAAUUAUUUUAUUUAUUUUCUUUCAUAAAAGUUAUAUACAGUGAUACCUCGGGUUAAGAACUUAAUUUGUUCGGGAGGUCUGUUCUUAACCUGAAACUGUUCUUAAUCUAAGGUACCACUUUAACUAAUGGGGCCUCCUGCUGCCGCCACGCCACCAGAGCGCAAUUUCUGUUCUCAUCUUGAAGCAAAGUUCUUAACCCGAGGUACUAUUUCUGGGUUAGCGAAGUCUGUAACCGGAAGUGUGUGUAACCCGAGGUACCACUGUACCAGUUGAUUAUACAAAAACAACAACCACAACCCUCAAAGUGGUUUUAAUAAGUAAUUUAGUAAUUAGCAUGUUUCUGUGUCCCAUGGUAGAAGUCACAAGAAGGAAGCUUUUAAUAAUAGGUAGAAUAGAUUCCUCCCAAAGCCUCAGUAGCACUUUGCCUAUAUACCCUGGACAGGUUGGUGCUGCUGUUGCAUUUUCAGCAGGGGAAACUGCAUAGAUUCAGGUGAGUGAACAAAGGAUCACAAUACAGGACUGAACAGCUGACAUUAUUGCACCUGAGCAAGGAAUAGUUUCUGUGCCAAGCAUCUACAGUACCUGCCUGGAAGCCAUACACCCAUGCUAAGAAAUGCUAAUCUCAAGUGUUGGAAGAUGGAUUGUGUUUACUCAGUGGCGAGGGAAAUGUAUUCUUGUGCACAGAAUGACUUCCCAUUAUUAUUGCUUCACAUGCUAUGAACGUAUGAAGCUGUCUUUUCCCAAAUCACAUCAUCGGUUAUUUUCACACAGUGCUUUUUACACCAACAAGCAUCAGUCCUGCCUCCUCCCUUCCAGGCUCCUGACAGGAGUAUUUCCCUGGCCCUCUCCUUGGAUAUGCUAAGGACUAAAUCUGGGACCUUUUGCAUACAGAUCAUGUGCUUUGCAACUGAGCUAUGGCUCUUCCAGGUAAUCCCUGGAUCAAACUGAGUCCUGCAUUUAAUUCCAGCAAUAGAAGAAGAAGAAGGGAAAAAACAUGCCAGGGUUUUUGUUUGUUUGCUUCCUUGCUUCCCUUCACUUUUUCAUUCCUUUUCUCCUGUGACAGAUGAUUAAUAGAAUACAUAGAAUUCAAAAGGUCAUUGAGAGGAAGGAGUGUAGUAGUCGGUUGUCUCGCUGACUUAGUCUGGGACCUGAAAAGAAGGCCAGUGCAUUUGGUUAUUUCUGUCUGCACUAAAAACCCCACACCCAGUUCUUGAAGGCAUGCAAACAAGUGUUCUUAGUGGAUUUGGGGUGUGAUGAGGAGCCAGAGUAUUCCCUUUGCCCCCCCCCCCCCAAUUAGAAAGAACCAGACAGCAGGCUGCUUGAUGCCACUGAUUGUUCUCAGAUGGCAUUUCUCCCUCUGCCCCCCCCCGCCCAGUUUUUGAAAGCUGUAGGCCGUAUUGAUAAAACCUUCAGCAGCUGUUGACUAGACCUCAGAGGCUACUUCCUCAACUCUAAAACUUUUCAGGGGAAUCUGUCAACGCUUCUGCCACUUCUGCGGCAAGGUCAAGACAAGCACAUGGCAGCUUUAUGAGUGUGCCAGAUCCUUGCCAGCUGUUUCUCCUAGCUUCAUUUUCACCUAACUCUCCUAAUUAAGAAACAGAAAUAUAUGAAUCCCCCCCUUUCCGUUUAACAGUAAGAAAAGAAGACACUUAGCAUGAAGGACAACCACCGCCCCCAAUUUUUUUUUGAUUAAGGAGUAUGGAAUCAGGGCCUAAACCUGCACACAACUAAGAUGAUAUGAACCACUCUUUUGAUUUCUCUCUCCCUGCUAUCUAAAGUGGCAGUUAGGCGUCAUAAACAGCAAAGAGUCUUGUGACACUUUUUCAGAUUAAUAGAUGCACUUGUGGAAUAAUCUUCCAGCAGCUUGAGCCAUGCUUCAUCAAAUGAAUGAAAUGCGCUAUUUCAGUUGGCAGAUUAUGUGAAAUGACAUUUCUGUUCAAAGCUGAAAUGUAUACAGUGUAAGCUGAGUAAGCGUUUGCAACUUCUGCAAUUGGUGAUAUUCCUAGCUGUGCCAAUUAUUGCUGUUGUGCAUGGCCACCGUAUCUCACUAACUUACACUUGAACCUUGCAUGGAAAUGUCACAGACCUACGGGACCUCCUGCAUUCCAUGGCCCUUUGGCUUCCCUCUUUCUAUUUUCUCUCUUUCUCCAUAGCUAUAGCUAAUAUGGAUAAUCUGCCAACUGCACAUAAUAGCCUGUGCGCCUUUGGUGAAGUAGGUUCUGAUCUUAUACCAGACUCCUUUCAUUAGACCUUGUAAGUUCCACAAGGAUCGUUCCUGUUUUUUGUUGCGGCAGGUUAACACAGCCGCUCCUCCCGUGUUCGAAAUCACGUUUUCAUUUUCACAAAACAACUUUGCUUUCCUAUUUCGUUGCGGUAGCUCUCAUGUCACCUUGCUACAGUCAUGUUCACUGAAGGAUGCUUUUUUAAAAAACGCCUUGCAUUAAAUUCCGGGUGAUAUGGCAUUACCCAAAAAUUGUGGGUGACAUCGUGCUUUCUGCCAGGAACCUAUGGAAGAACCUGGGCAUGACUAUAGAGUGUUUUUUCAGGUAUGGUUUGUUCUUCAUGGAGGCAAAAAAAUAAGGGGAGGGGAAGGAUAGGGCUAGGAUAUAUGAGUGCAACAUGACAUGGAAGAACCUUGCACUGAUAGCAUAUUUUCACCCACAUAGCUUGUCCUUCUGGCUUGCAGAUGGGAGGAGACUACGAGGCAUCUGAUGUACAGGGGUUGAAUGUCAUGUUGAUCAUACAGUGGUACCUUGGGUUAAGUACUUAAUUCGUUCUGGAGGUCCGUACUUAACCUGAAACUGUUCUUAACCUGAAGCACCACUUUAGCUAAUGGGGCCUCCCGCUGCCUCCGCGCCGCCGGAGCACGAUUUCUGUUCUCAUCCUGAAGCAAAGUUCUUAACCUGAAGCACUAUUUCUGGGUUAGUGGAGUCUGUAACCUGAAGCGUCUGUAACCUAAAGCGUAUGCAACCCGAGGUACCACUGUACUAUGCCCCUGAAAAAAGCACCAUGCAGCCAUGCUCUUGCUAAUAACCUGAGCAUUAUUGAAUCUUUGAACGAUUUUAACCAGUUUACCUUGAAAGAAUAUUUCCCCCCCAGAAAUGUUUGUUUUGGGGAUUCAUUUUCCUACUUUGAUUUUAUUUAUUUUUUAGGUCCCAUCAGCAGCAUUUUGGUGAACCGCUACGGUAGCCGACCGGUGGUCAUAUUGGGAGGCUUGCUAUGUGGCAUAGGGAUGGUUUCUGCAUCCUUCUGCACAAGCAUUUUUCAACUGUACUUAUGCGCUGGGCUUAUCACAGGUAAUAAUAAAACCUUUCUUUACUUUCCUUAGAAUAAUGGACACUGUAGAUGUCUAAUGAAGAUUUUAUUUAUUUAUUUAUUUAUUUUAUUAGUUUUUUAACAUAUCAUUUUCAACAGUAAUUAAACAUACUUUUACAUCUUAUUCAAUUUUUUUUACUUCCAUCAGUCCUGUCUGAAAAUUUUCCAAUCUAAUCUCUUAGUAUUACAUUUCAAACUCAUAACCAGUAUCUCUAUCUUUUCCUACUUUGUAACACUUCGUAUAUUUCUCCUUACAAAACUUCUUGUAGUCCUACUAGCAUAAUUUGUUGAUUACAGUUGCUCUUCAAAUAAUUCAUAUACUUCUUCCAAUCUUCUGUAAAUCUCUGGUCCCACAGGUUUCGAAUCCUUCCUGUCAUUUUGUCCAAUUCUGCAUAGUCCGUUAAUUUUGUCCACCGUUCUUCUUUCGUCGGAAUUUCUUCUUGCUUCCAUUUAUGGGCUAACAAUACUCUUGCUGCUGUUGUUGCACUAAUGAGGAGAUUUAAAUCAGUCCUCACCAACAUGGUGCUCUCUGGAUAUUUUGGACUACAGUUUCUGCCACCCCCAGCCAGCACAGCCAUGCUGGAAUGGGCUGAUGGAAAUUGUACUCCAAAUAAACAAAUGUGAGGGUGGCGAGACCGAGAGAAGAGCCUCUCCUGAGGAUCUCAGAAUACGGUCUUUUAGAUACCUUGGGCCUUAUAGGGCUUUAUAGGUCAUCACCAGCACUUCGAAUUGUGCCCAGGAAUAGACUGGUAGCCAGUGGAACUGCUGUAACAUAUGCUCGCUAUAGCCAGCCCUAGUUGGCAACCUGGCUGCAGCUCUUUGAACCAGUUGAAGUUUCUGAGCACUUUUCAAAGGCAGCCCCACCUAGAGCACGUUACAGCAAUCCAAAUGGGAUGUAAUUAAGGCGUGUGCCACUGUUGCUAAAUCGGACAUCUGAAGAAAUGGGUGCAGCUGGCAAACUAGUUUUAACUCUGCAAAUGCACUUCUGGCCACUGCUGACAUCCAUCCUCGGGGCUGAGUUCAGGAACACAGCCAAACUGCUAGUGUGUGUCUUCAGGGAUAGUGCUACCCUAUUCAGCACAGGCUGAAUCCCUAUUCCUUGUUCUGCCUUUCGACUGACCAAGAGCAAAAUUAUCUGUUUAGAGGAGGAGGAGUUUGGAUUUGAUAUCCCGCUUUAUCACUACCCUAAGGAGUCUCAAAGCAGCUAACUUUCUCCUUUCCCUUCCUCCCCCACAACAAACACUCUGUGAGGUGAGUGGGGCUGAGAGACUUCAGAGAAGUGUGACUUGCCCAAGGUCACCCAGCAGCUGCAUGUGGAGGAGCGGAGACGCGAACCGGUUCCCCAGAUUACGUGUCCACCGCUCUUAACCACUACACCACACUGGCUCUUUAGAGUUUAAACAUAACACAUUACGUUACUUGGUAUACUAAAUCCUUUUACUGCAUCUGAAUUCUGAGGGUCUUUUUUUCUUUCCUAUACUCAACUUAUCAGCCUGGCUUUAAUUUAAAAAAUAAAUAAAUUAUGAAUAGGUUGAAGGAAACAAAGAUGGCUGUUGAACCCCUUCAACUCACACAUGAAUCAUAGUUUCUAACAGCGCAAGGAAAUACUUUGUGUGUGUACUUAUAAAACACAAACAUUCCACCAUAAAAUUUCCAUCUGCAUAUAUGGCAUAUGUGGUUUUUUUUGCUGCUGCCAUGAUUGCACAAUUAAGAGUUUUCUUGAAUAGAUUUUCCUUCAACAUUAUUCUGUGCAUAGGCAUGCUCUGAGUCUAGUUUGUGGAUGGAAUCUUGAGAGUAGUUGGGGAAUUCAUUGGCAUACAGGAAAUCUUUUUACUCCUAUCAAGCUUUUUUAAAAAACAAAAGAAGCUUAGAAUCCAGAUUUCAGAUCUCAUGCUGAGUGGACAAUUGUUUUGUUUCUGAGAAAGAAGUUUCAACAUGCACAGCGAACUACCAUUUCCAGGAUUCUUUGGGGGAUGGCAAGAGAGUUCAACUUCUAUACAACUGAGAAAGAUACACAAUCUUGUGCAACCUUCUCAGCCUUGGAUCCACAGUUGUGGUUGGACUACAACUCUCAUCAGCCCUAGCUAGCAGAACCAGUGGUCAGGGAUGACGGGAGUUGUAGUCCAACAACAUCUGAGGACCCAAGGCUGAGAAAGGCUGGUCUAGUGACCACAGUCUCCUCAGGAGCUGAAAUCAUAAAGGUUUUCUAGCUUUUCUUUCUCAUUUCACUUCAUCUUUUGAUGAAGAAGACGGUUGUCUGCAAAAGCUCAUAUCACCUUAAGCUCUUCUUCUGCAACCAAGGAAUUAAAAAGCAAGAUUCCAGCACAGGACUGCUGGAUUAGAACAUAUCCAGAAGUACGAUUUCCUAUCCUAUUACAGAUAAUUAACAUGGCUGCUCUAGCUUGAUUGUAUUAUCAGUAAUUACUGCUGGUGUGAAUGAUCAUUUGUGCUUAUUCUGCAUACAUUUAAGCUUUAAUCGAAUUGUCACAGACAGCUCUUUUUGCAUUUCAUUGCCAUUUGACCCCAGAGUUUAUCAUUUUCCUCUCUAGCCUACAAUAAAUCUAGUCGCAAGGGGGCAUGAGGCUCCUUUGUUGUCUUUGAUGCUGAAAGGACAACAUGGCUACCCCUCUGGGGCACAUAGUCAGUCCCUGCUGUGCCGGAACACAUUUUGCCUUCUGAAUUAAUUCUGUAUCUGUCUCUGUUACAGGACUUGGCCUUGCCCUCAACCUCCAGCCUUCCGUGAUCAUCAUUGGAAAGUACUUCCUGAAGAGACGUCCAAUAGCCAACGGCCUUGCCAUGGCAGGAAGCCCUGUCAUGCUUUGUACGCUCGCUCCCUUGAACCAGCUCCUUUUCGACAACUUUGGGUGGAGGGGGAGCUUUUUCAUUCUUGGGGCGAUACUACUGAACUGCUGUGUGGCUGGAGCCCUCUUCAGGCCCAUCGGCGCACCAGCUGGCCCCUCUGAGAGGCAAACAAAUAAACAAGCAAAAGAGACUUUAGCUAAAGAACAGCUUGAUAUGGGCAUAGCUGAAAUGGCUGACCCUGGAGACGAAGAGAAGGAGGACAAAGACUGUUGCGAAAACUUUAACAAAUUCCUUGAUUUAUCUCUUUUCAAGCACAGGGGCUUCCUGAUCUAUUUGGUAGGGAAUGUGCUGAUGUUUCUGGGCUUUUUUGCCCCUAUUGUUUUUUUGGCUCCUUACGCAAAGCACCUUGGGAUUGAUGAAUAUUCAGCAGCUUUCCUCCUUUCAAUUCUGGCAAUAGUCGAUAUGAUAGCUAGGCCAGCUACGGGGCUCAUUGCCAACAGCAAGUGGGUGAGGCCAAAGAUUCAGUAUUUCUUCAGCUUCUCCAUUGCUUUUAAUGGAACAUGCCAUCUGCUGUGCCCAUUAGCAACAGGCUAUACAGGCCUGGUAGUGUAUUCCGUCUUCUACGGGCUGGCCUUUGGUAUGGUUUGUGCAAUGCUGUUUGAAACUCUCAUGGACCUGGUUGGUGCCAGCCGAUUCACAAGUGCUGUUGGACUCGUCACUAUAGUGGAAUGCUGCACGAUCUUACUUGGGCCACCUAUUGGGGGUAAGGAUAUUUCUAUACUUCCGCUCACUAUUCUGUUUGCAGUUGGGAACAGAUCUGUGAAUUCUUUGACUUUGAGUAGGGGACAUCAGGUUUUAAGGUGCGCUCCACCACUUUGAAUGUUGACCCACUGUUUCUUCCUUUUGCUGGACCAAACCCUCUUUCCUUGAGUUUUCCAGCAAUGCAGUUUCAAUGGGACAUGCUCCCAGGUAAGAUUGCAGCUUGAAUGGCAACUGAUAUAAGAUGGCUGGCCACCACAUGCUCUGUCCCCUGGUUGAAAAUCCAGCACAGCUAGAAAGUUCAGAUCCCCUGCAAACUAAUUGAAAUGGGUCUUGCGGAGCUGAAGUGCCAAAUCAAAGUUUCUUCUUCAAACAAAUUCAGAUGAACAUAGUGAAAUCUCUGCUGCUUAAAUGUAAGGUAUUUGCAAGCUAAGAUGUAACUCCACUGCUGAGAUGUAACCUUGCAAGACCUUUGGUUCCACUGCUGGCAAACUAAGUAGAUAAUACUUAGAUUAGAAUUUGAAGAGUGACACAUGGUUGUUAUCUUUAUAUGUUUGCUUUUAGGAAUUAAGACCUUUUAAAUUUAGUAGCACUUAUUUCUGAACGGACAUGUGAAUUCUAGCCACGUUUCUCUCCCUCUGUCAUACCAAGAAUUCAGGUUGGGCAACAGGGGUUUUAUAUGGUCAAUUACACAGGAAGCUACACAGGCCUCUCUUCAGUAAACAGUUCUAAACAAAUACGAAACCUUCCAGAGCUGGGAGGUGGGGUGAGUGGAGGAGCUGGUUGCAAGUGCUGGAAUCCACACAUGUUUUUAUUGUAUAAUCCCUGCUUUUUGUUCUUCAGAGGUAUAACUGUUCAAUCAAAAGCUUAUUAACUUCAAACAACAACAGAAACCCUCUGAUAGCAAAAUCUGCUCUCUACAAGAAAGCUCUGCAGGAGUUGUGUCUAUAUGACAAAACUUUUGAAAGGGGGAAAUUAGAUGCAAUAUUCAUGUAACUUUCAGAAUAAAAUCCCUUUAACCAUCCACAAAUGCAGUGACAGUGGGUUUCAGUUUUAUUACAAUGCGAGCAUCAUUUCAUUAGUAGGUGCCAUUCCUGUUAACACUUGUUGUGUUCUGCAACUACCGUAUGAGGCCAUGUUCCCAGAUAACUUGCUAGAGCUAUAAUUCCAAAAUGGUGGUACCCCUAGGAAACAGCCUUGUGGAUAAACUUUUGGUGGUGACUUGUGAUAUUAACUUGGCAUGUGCACACCAAGUAGGUAGUAUUUGCUAGCAUUUUAACUGCAGCCCAUUGAUUAGUGCUAAGAUUUAUUUAUCUGCCUUGUAGGAGUGCAUCUAAGCAGCAUUCAACUCUACUGUUUAAUUACACCCUGACAUAAAUGGUGCCGCUUCUCAUGAAUGAAAUUUGAGUUGUUGCAACAGCCAGCUCUCCUGCUUGGUUCCAUUGCUGUAAGAUGCAAAGUCAGCCCAUAAUAAAUCUAUUCUAAUCAAUGAAGGGGCUGGUCUGGUAUGCAUUACCAAGGCCUCUAACCCAGCACUUUCCCACUGGGUACUUACUGCAGCACCAGUGCAAGGUGCGCUAAGAUGAAAAGAGAAUGGAAUUGAACUAAGAUGGAAGAGAAAUGGAUGUGAUGUACCAGGGUGGUAGUAAAUUGCAAGUGGUUGAUCUUAGUAAAUGUUUUUGGGAACUGCUACAGUAUUCUACACACUUAUGAGAGCAGCAGUCUUUUGCAGACCUUGGGGUAAUUUAGCUAGAUAGAAUUUAGCUAGAUAGAAAUCUUUGCAUAGUUAUAGGAUAAAAGUUGCCUCUAAACUUUUUUUUUUUUGUCUCAGUGCUGGACUAAAGAGAGUAUUUCAGCAAGGACAUAAAUGACCAAAUAUGGUAGGCUCAGUAAUAUAUAGGAUCAAUGCUAUCCUCUCACUGCACAGGGUUGGAUUCUGUGGUUUGCAUUCACAAAUUAACAGAACAGCUCCACUUGCAUUUAAAUUUACUUUAUCCCUAUGGAUUACAGUGGGACUGAAAUGGCUUUGGACCAUUUCCUACCUAGAUGGUUGGUGGGUUAGAAGAUAUAACCAUUAAAAUGCAACUGCUUAGUGGGUAAUAUUGUAACUUAUGCUACCCCAAAAGCAUUUCCAGGCAAAUGGACCUCCGAUAGUGUAAUUCAAAAGAUUUACAAAAAUGCAGGCCCCUUUUUUUGUUUUGUUUUAUUACCUCGAUGAGCAGUUCACUUCUUCCCUUUUUGUCCUUUGCAUGGAAGAACACCUGCACAUUACCUUCCUUUUGAGGGGAAACUUUAUUCCAUUCAGGAUAACUUGGAUUUUGUUUUAAAGCAGCCAUUUCCCAAGUUAUAUACAAUUUUAUGAAGCAGAUUAAGCUAAUUGCUAAAGCUUGGUAAUGAGGCUAGAAACUGCUGUGUAAUAGUUUGCAAUAUGAGUUUUGCAGCAUUGUUUCCUCCAUUUUAAUAAGCAGCACAUUGAUUGGUUCUUUGGCAUUUAAUAACCUACCACUGCGUUUUGCUUUAAUGAACUAAGUAAAUUGUUCCCGGUGUGCUUUAUGACAUCGCCUUACUCUCAAAGGGGGGAACAGGGUGAGACUCUUCUACUGCUGAAUUCUCCAGUACUCUCCUCAUUAAAGCGCUUGGUGAAAUGUAUUUAGCAGACCUCUAGGUCAUUCUGAUUAGCAGAAAGUGAGAAUUACUUCAAUCAGCCUCUGGCGGGGUGGGUGGGAACGGCAAACAAGAGGGGACAUGAUAGAAGUAUAUAAAAUUAUGCAAGUUGUGGAGAAAGUGGAUAGAGAGACAUUUUCCUCACUUUCUCAAAAUACUGAAACCCAUGGUCAUCCAGUGAAGCUGGAAUGGAAAAUUUAGGACAGGCAAAAUAAAGUAUUGUUACACGCUACCCUGAUCUUCGAGGGGCGCAAAAUUCCAGGGGUUGCAGGUGUGCUUUAACCCAGGGCCUGUGUUUCCUUUUAGACCAGGGGUUGUCAAACUGGUCCCUACCGUCCACUAGUGGGCGUUUCAGGAUUCUAGGUGGGCGGUAACACUGGCGGAGGAAGAGGAGUGCAGGGGGAGCGGACCGCUCCCAGCAGUGCAAUCCCAGUGGGUGCCAUCACGGCUGCCCCCCCCCGCCUUCAGCCCCCAGGACGCACAUCAGCCCUGCCCCCGCCUGCUCUCCACCCCCCGGUGCUGGAGCAUGAAGCUCCACCACUGGGUGGUAGGGGGUUCUACAGCACAAGCUGAAUCCUCUUUCCAUCGAGCACUGUUGGGCGGUAAGGAAAUUUUACCAUAAAGAAAGAUGCAUUAGUGGGCCGUAGGUAUAAGAAGGUUGACUGUUUUAGAUAAUGAAGCACAGAGGAGGCUGUGAUGUCUUUAUGAAAUAUUUACACAUAAACACAAUCUGAAUCUAAUGGAGGGAUCUCCAGCACUGCAUUACAAGUAGUUCUGGUUUCUCCUAUAGCCACAACAUUGGAUUCAAAACAGACAUUGGCAUCCUGCUUUUUGACUCUCUCUCCAACCCACUGCUAAGUAACUCUGUUCCUUAACUCCUGCCAUACUAAACUCUAAAGGUAAAGGUAAAGGGACCCUGACCAUUAGGUCCAGUCGUGACCGACUCUGGGGUUGCGGCGCUCAUCUCACUUUAUUGGCCAAGGGAGCCGGUGUAUAGCUUCUGGGUCAUGAGGCCAGCAGGACUAAGCCGCUUCUGGCGAGCCAGAGCAGCGCACGGAAACGCCGUUUACCUUCCCGCCAGAGCAGUACCUAUUUAUCUACUUGCAGUUUUGACGUGCUGCUAGGUGGGCAGGAGCAGGGAGCGAGCAACGGGAGCUCACCCCGUUCCGGGGAUUCGAACCGCCAACCUUCUGAUCGGCAAGUCCUAGGCUCUGUGGUUUAACCCACAGCGCCACCUGCGUCCCUAUACUAAACUCUAACCUCCCCUAAAACACUGGCACUGCCUUUUAACUAAACCCUUUAACUAAACCCUCAGUUGAGGGAGGGAGGAAACCCACACACUUGCACAUGGGAGCCACUGCAGAAAAGCCCAUAGCUGUCAACCUUCCCUUUUUUUGCGGGAAAUUCCCUUAUUCCAGCCCUGUUUCCUGCUGCUUCCCGCUGCUAUCCCGGAUUGUUAGAUAUCCCGUAGACUGUCCCCGGGACAGGUGAGGCUGCUGUUCCCUUAUUUUCAAAUCUGAAAGUUGACAGCUAUGAAAGCCCCGUUCUUGUGUUGCCGCUGUCGGUCCCUCUUAUGGCGGAGGCACACGUAGAAGGGCCUCAGAGGAUGAUCACAGGGGCUGGUUUGGUUCUGAGACUUUGGCAAUCUGGGUUCAGAGCCUUGUUGGGCCAUAGAAACCUCAUUGUGUAGUACAUACAAGGCUUAGUGCUCCCUUCUGUGAAGCUGUAUAGUUAGUCAACCUUUGAUCUGUUUGUUUUUUUGGGCCGGAGUUACUACUUAAUACACGCUUGAUUGAUUAUUUAUCCAGCUGAAUAGGCUGAAAGUAAUGAUUAAUCCUUUUUGGUUGAUUGACAGCCCUUUUUCUUUCUCCCUUCGCAGGAACUCUCAUCGACAUGUUUGGGGACUACAAAUACAUGUUCAUCAAGUGUGGGGCAGUCAUGGUGCUGGCUGGGUUAUUCCUCUUCAUUAUGAAUUACUACAACUACAGAAUGCUUGCAAAAGAGAAGAAAGCAAGGGAAAAAAUCGAAGCGCAAAAGAAGGGCGAUGGACCUGUAAGGACAAUAACUGCAGAAGGAAACGCCACGGGAGCAGAAGAGAUGAAUGGUGGCCCCGAAGCAGUCCCUCUGGGAAGUGAAGAGGAAGCACUAAAGAAUGGGGCAGACAUCGCAAGUGAAGCCUAAAUCUGCAUCACCUGAUUUUCUGAAUGGGAAAUAGCUCUUUUGUAUUUCUUAAAGUGACUUCAGAUGUACAGCAUUUAUAGAUGGCCUUCACACACUAUUGCCUCCCUGCCCCCCGCUGACUCCAAAAGCCUAGAAGCAAAUAACAAGCCCAGUUUCCUAUGAGCACACAGCAAAUGCUAUGUAGUGCUCAUUACUACACUACUUCAAAUCUGUAUAAGCUUAGAGCCUUCCCAGCCACUUAGACAGCAAUACUUUCCUCCAUGUUUAGUCCUGGAUAACUGCCUAUGUCGGAGCUUCGUGCCUGUGCCCCUCACUCAAAAUGGCCCCAAAAUGGAAGAACCAGGGAACAUUUUGUAGGAAAAGUUGCAUGGCAUUGGGGAAAUUGCUCACCGACAGUGGAUCCUCUACGUUGGAGAGUCAGCAUUCCUUCCCCAUGGCCUCUUAACAGAGAAGAGCCACAGAGCAGCAGUAAAGCACAUGCUUUGUGUGCAGAAUAUCCCAAGCAUCUCUAGAAAAAAAGGUACCAGGCCUGAGAAAGAACAUAAGAAGAGCCUGCUGGAUCAGGCCAGCUCAUUAUCAGUUGCAAUAUGGGAAAGCCCAAAGGCAACAGAAUUGUCCCCUCUUGCUGUUUCCAGCAACUGGUAUUCAGAAUACUGCCUCUGACUGUGGAGAUACCCACCAGUGUAGCCUUGUUCUCCAUGAAUUUGUCUAAUCCUCUUUUUAAAGGGCCUCUUCCUAAGAGCUACUGCUAGCCAGAGUGGACAGUGCUCUCUUAGAAGGAUCCACGGUUUGACUUGGUAUAAGGGAUGCUUGUAUUUUCAUUACUCUUUCAUAGCUUAUAAUUCACAGUGCCUGCUGUAUGGCUGGGGUGUACACAGCUGACCUCUUCUGGUGGCGAUCUGGUGCACAGAACAAAAAAAGUGAAGAGAGAGAGACCCUGAAGAGAGCUAAGUGUUGCCACUGACUUCUCUUGUUGAGAAACACCCAUUUGACAUUCGGACCCAGUCAUGUGAUGGUUGCUCAUCACUUUUUCUAACAGGAGAGUUUUCUGGAUCUAGGCCUACGAGGUCUUAACAUUAUGAACGUGCGUAAGAACAACAUACAGUUCGAAUGACUUGCACUACACAAUUCAGUUUCUGUGCCAUGUUUACUAACAUUAACAGUAAUUCACAUGCUAAUAUAAAGCUUACCAAAGUUUUGUUGUUGUUUGCCUGUAAAUUCUGGUUAGAUUUAGACAACUUCCAGCUAGACUGUACAAACCCCAAUUCAUGCAUUGUCCCAGAAUGCCUCCACAAAAACCUGUCCUAAGACUUUUGCACAAGACACAGUCCUAACCUGAUCAUUCAGCAACCAUUUUCUCUUAUCAUUUUAUGACUGACACAAACUACACAAAGAGCUUCACACCAGAUAUUUCCCCAGAAACAGAUUCCAUUCCUCUCUUUUUUAAAACAACCUCGCCAUUCAAUAUCAGGAAGGCUUCCAAGUAAUGUCAAAAAUCAUGAGCUUGGCUUGUUACAAAUAAAGGCAUUAUUUUACUGCCACUGAAUUUUAUUAUUAUAAAGCUGAGCCCAAGAAGACAUUUUUCUGAUAAAAUUGUCUGAGUUUUUUCUUUUUCUCACCUAACCCCAGGGGUAAAUAAAGAGACCACUUUGCAGAAUUGGGUACUGAAACUUAUACAUCAAUGUAAUAUGUGUACAUUUAUUUGCUGCCACAGCCAAAAUUAAAGGGCAUCUCACCCCC